CUUGUACUUUUUGGUAUGUCGUGUCCGCGUCAAAGUACCAACCAACAGUACGAGAAUAAAGAUUAAGCUGAGAGAGAAUCAGGAGAGAGAGUGAGUGAGGGAGAAAGAAGCAGGAAGAGAAAGAGAAAAGGAAUUAAGAAAGCAGCAGAGGUUGGAUGUUGUUGUUUUGAAGAGCGUGUGCGCGUGUGUAAGCACAUAACAUAAUUCAGUUCUUUGAACCAGAAGAUAAAACAAACCAAGUUGUGCAUCCUGUUGGUUUGAGUAAUUAUAAUAUCCUAUGCCAUUGGCAUCGUCAUCUCUAUCGUCCUACGUUUUCAAAAGUUAUCGAAUCAUGUGUGAAAGACAUUUCCUGUUCCUUUUAUUUUAUAAUGAUAAUAACAAACUUUAUCAUUUUGGCGACCCCUUAUUCUAUUUUCCUUGGAUUUAUUGUAUUUGAAUCGUCAAAAGGUUAAUCUAAUUAGGAUCGUACAUAAAGGGGGCGAAUUUAAUGUUUGUAUAGUUAUUGGAAUGGUAAUAUUUGUUCAGUUAAUGGUUUACUUUGACUGACCCAAUUGGUGUUGUGGUGUGGAGAGUUUGGGACUGUGCCGAGACACAAAAAGGUCUUUGAUUUUGAUUUAAUAUUUUUUCCCAAUUAAAUACUUUUAGUAAUAUUUGAAUUUAUAAAUGGGCUUUCGGUUUGGUGGAUGAUAGAGCGAUUGGGGAGGUUUAUUUGUAGGGUUCCCAAUUUACUUUCUUUCUUGACUUUAUUGACAUUGAUUCGAUUUUGGGUGUGGAUUUUUGUCCUGAAUUCUUCGCCAAGUUCGGAAUUUGACCAAUUGGGUUGCUGAUUCUCGCCUCUUUAUGAUCUGGGUCGUUCCCUUUUCUUCAAUCUCAGAGUUGUGUUGCUGUUCCCAAUUCCUACGGGACAAAGCUAAAACCUUCAUUCCUAUCUUCUUUCUGGGUUGGAUUUGCUAUCUUGUAGAACCGUUAGGAGGCAUUGGGGUGGCGAGAGUAGAAGCUGUUGUAGUAGUGUUUUGUUAGUUGUGACAAGUGGUGGUGGUGGUGGUGUCUUUUUUCUAUAUAUGUAUUUGGAGGCGUUUGGUUACACAUGAUGUUCCAUUCUCAGGGUGUGUCAAGACAUUGUAGUCUCCUUGCUGUUCUUAGUGGUAAAUCACGUGACAUUAAACAGAAGCAGAAGCAGAGUGCUGCUUCUGAGGAUCAUCCUCCUUAUCCCUUUCCAGAGCUUGCUUCUUCUGGCAGUCUUGAGGUCAAGUUGUUGAUCAAACCUAAUACCGAUGAACUCGGUCGGGCUCUUGAACAACUGCAACCGGAUUUUGUUUACCUGCAAGGUCAGCUGCUAGAAGAUAGGGGAGAAAUUGGGACCCUUGUAUGGGAGGAUUUUGACCUGUCUUCCCCAGAAGCAUUGUGUGGAUUAUUUGGUUCCAAAUUACCUAAUACCGUUUAUUUGGAAACUCCUAAGGGAGAGAAAUUGGCGGAGGCACUCCGUAAUAAGGGAGUUCCAUAUACUAUCUAUUGGAAAAAUGAUUUUUCAAAGUAUGCAGCUUCACAUUUUCGUCAUUCUUUUUUCUCUGUAGCACAGAGUACAUCCAGCCAUACAUGGGAUGCUUUCCAGCUUGCUCUGGCAUCGUUUAGACUAUACUGUAUACAAAACAAUGUCUUACCUUCUAACAGCCAUAAGGGUGCCGGUAAGUUUGGGCCACAAAUUUUUGGGGUUCCUCCCAACAUUGAUACCAGUCAAAGUGUAGCAGACAUGAAGGAAGAGGAAGAGGAAAGUUCACCUGAGACUAUAUCUGCUGUAAAGAUAUAUGAUGAUGAUGUGAACAUGAGAUUUCUUGUUUGUGGAGUUCCCUGCACAUUGGAUGCUUGCUUGUUGGGAUCAUUAGAGGAUGGACUCAAUGCUCUUCUAUUUACAGAAAUACGUGGAUGCAAACUUCACAACAGGACUAGUGCUCCACCACCACCUCUGCAGGCAGGAACUUUCUCACGUGGUGUAGUGACUAUGCGUUGUGAUAUAUCCACAUGUAGUACUGCUCAUAUAUCACUUUUGGUUUCUGGUAGUGCAGACACUUGUUUUAAUGAUCAGCUUUUGGAGAAUCAUAUUAAGAAAGAGCUCAUUGAGAAGAGUCAACUUGUUCAGGCAUUUCCUAAUCAUGAACAAAGUAAAUCACCUUCCUUAGAGCCUCGAAGAUCAGCCUCAGUAGCCUGUGGAUCUAGUGUGUUUGAAGUUUGUAUGCGAGUUCCUGCAUGGGCUUCACAGGUUCUGAGACAGCUUGCAUCCAAUGUGUCAUACCGCAGCCUUGUUAUGUUGGGAAUUGCUAGCAUUCAGGGAUUGCCAGUUGCAUCUUUUAAUAAAGAUGAUGCUGAGCGUCUCCUUUUUUUUUGUACUAAGCAGGAGAAAGAAAACUGUCGUAACGAGCAAGUUUUCUCUGCGAUUCCAAGUUGGCUGAAGCCUCCACCGCCCAGUCGAAAAAGAUCUGAACCAUGCUCUAGUUCAAAGUCUAUCAAUCCUAGUGGCCGGGGAAUUGAAGAUCUUGGUAGUCAUAGACAGAAAUUAAAUCUUGCUGCUAUGAGGCCAAUCCCUCAAUCUCAUAGACACAAGAUUCUCCCUUUUUCUGGAUUGUCUGGGGGUGCAAGAUAUGACGGAGACCAUGGAAAGUCAAAUCAGCCGCUUGCUCCUAUUAAGCAUAAUGUUUCAGGCCCUACUUCAGUUACAAACAGGAAAUCUGUGUCGAACUCAUUUCAAGCUAACCAGAUUAUUUCUUUGAACCCACUACCUAUGAAAAAGCAUGGUUGUGACAGAGCUCCAAUACGAGUUUGCUCAGAGGAGGACUUCCUGAGGGAUGUAAUGCAGUUUUUGAUCCUUCGGGGGCAUAAUCGUCUAAUUCCACCAGGUGGACUUGCCGAGUUCCCUGAUGCCAUUUUGAAUGCAAAACGCCUUGACCUGUUCAACUUGUACAGGGAGGUGGUUUCAAGAGGAGGUUUUCAUGUUGGAAAUGGUAUCAACUGGAAAGGGCAAGUUUUCUCAAAGAUGCGGAAUCACACUUUGACAAAUAGAAUGACUGGGGUUGGCAAUACACUCAAAAGACAUUACGAAACUUAUCUCUUAGAAUAUGAAUUAGCUCAUGACGAUGUAGAUGGAGAGUGCUGCUUGAUGUGUCACAGUAGUGCAGCAGGUGAUUGGGUGAACUGUGGCGUAUGUGGUGAGUGGGCUCAUUUUGGCUGUGAUCGGCGGCAGGGACUAGGAGCAUUUAAGGACUAUGCAAAAACCGAUGGACUGGAAUACGUUUGUCCACGCUGCAGUGCAUUAAAGUUCAGUAAAAAAUCUCAAAAAACUGCAAAUGGUUAUUAACAGGUCAAAUGUUGUCUCUUUCCCAGAACAAAGUGUACAUGACAAGUGUUUAGAUAGAUUUCUCAGAGCACAUGAUGCUCAGACUUGUGUCUCUCAAUUGGUAAGAGUAGGUUCUAAGGACUGAAAUGGUUUCAGUUAUGUUAAAGCUUUAGAGUUUUUUUUUUCCUCAAAGGUACCCAUGCUUAGAAAGAAUGAGUGUCUUCAUACAUAUUGGGAACAGUUAGGAAUUCAUUGCAAUGAUUAUUAUUAUUAUUUUUUAAA